UGGAAGUGAAGCAUUACCAGGCACCAGGAGGGCCACAGCGAUAGGGACGCCCACAACCUGCUGAGAGCAGGGGACUUUGGAAAGCAGUGUAAUGUUAACUAGGAUCUUGAGAAUGGGCACAACCUGUGCCCAGAGCUUUCACAAGUGUACCUUGUGUACCCUAACGCACCACUUCUGACAAUCAAACACUGAAGUUGGAAACACGGUAGUAAUACUAAUUCUCAGCUGGGGUGUGAUGGUGGAGGCAAGAGAACUGGGAGCUCACGGCUACGGAAGACUCUUCCUAAAUAAAUAAAAUAAAGGCAAAGCAGGAAGGAGUGUAAGUUUUUCUGCUCUAGCCCAGGGUUGCGUAGUGGGAGUUGGAGUAUCAUAAUUUUCCAAAUCUGAAGACCUGAAUUAAGUGGCAAGUGUUGAUCCAGAAGGAUGAGCAAGCUGCUUGGGGUUGCUGCGGUUAAGAAAGAUCUGUAAAAAAACAAAUGCUUAACAUUGAUGAAAUGAUCCUGUCUUGGAAGCAUGAAGACUAUGCAUUUAAAGACUGUGAGAUGCUGCUUUUGGGUGGAGAUGUUGCGGGGUACAAAUAAAAAUCUUCCUACAGCUAAAGAAGCCUAGAACAUUCAAGAAUAUGAGCAAGCAGACUUUCCCUGUUUACUAUCACCAGAAAGAGAGAGCCUGGGUAACGCCAGCAUUGCCUAAGGAUUGGUUUUUGAACUGUUUUAUUCUAUAGACAAGAAUAUUCUAUAAACAAAAACAGCAUUUCAUUCAAGAGUCUUCUGGUCUGAUGGAUAGACACAGCACAUGGGCAUCAUCCACACUAGCAUAAAUGCUGUGUGUCUACCACCAACUGUAACUGCAUUCGUUCAACCAACCAAUGGACCAACAUGUGAGAGCUUUAGCCAAAGCAUCCUAUUUACCGCAAAUGGUUGCGUAGGUCAUCGGAAGUGAUCAAAUAUGGAUGAAAGCUGCCAGGAUCCUUGAAUAAUAUUAACAUUUUGCUGUCCAAAUUGCUUCAGGGAGAGAACUCACACCAGACACACUAUAGGCAUUUGGAAGAACAAUUUAAAAACACACCCAAAGGUUAGGGUUGUCCUCGAUGCAAGAGAUUUAUUAGCACCUUAGCAAGCAGUAUGGCAGGAGUCUGAGGUUUAAAGCUUCAUGGCUUUGUUUGGCAAGAUUUCUAUUCUCAACGGUUUCUGGGAGAGUAGAGAGGUCUCACCGUGAGGAAGCAGGCUUAAUUAGUUUGUGGCCUAAAACUUGUAACAGACUUAGGUUAACAGUUAGUUGGGAAACUUCCAGAAUUGACCACUGAUAAAGAUCUUCACAAGCCCCUUGACACAGAGACUGAAGAGCUUCCAAUGAUGAAUUGAAGGAAUCGGAUGACAACAAAAACCAUGAAGUGGAAGGGAAAAAAAAAGAAUUUAAAGCAAGAAGGUUCACAACAAAGACCCUGGCAGUGGGACAGGACACUCUCAACAAAGGGGACAGAUAUCAGAUAAGGUGGAUAGCACUGGUUCACGGGAUCAGACAGAUGCAGGCUGCUCUUGCUCACCAUGAAGAAACAACAUGAAAAGGGGAAACAAAUGGCGCAGUCAACACUUGGCAUCUGCCCGAAGAAUCCUGCACCUGCGCAAACAGCAGGUGUCGACACCUUUGCACCUUCUGCUUCCUGUACUUGAGUCUCAUCAGAAAAGAGAGAAACUGCUGAUUACGUCAUCAUAGCUCCCAGCCAGUGAUCUUAGUGAGAUGUUUUCAAUAUCCUCAAGCCCGCAUGUACCUUCAGCGCUGUGGGUUAAUGGUAGGAACCUGUUCAACCGUUCUGGUUUUCGCUUUCCACACAGCAUGUAAGAAGCCUCACAGAGGGCAGAGAAGUGGGAGGAGAAAGAAAAGGAGGAGGAGCCGGAAGAGAGGAAGAAGGAGAGUCACCCAGACCCACCGGCUCCUUUCGGAGAGCUAACCCGCCCUCAGCCGCGAGGACACCAAGACCCUGACAACAAGCAACUUGCUGAAGAUCGCACAGCUGCAAGUGGCAACACCAGGCCUGGUACAGGUCCCCGGCAUGGAAACUGCCUACCUGAAGAAGUGCUUUGGAAACAGCCUGACCCAGGCACUGGCAGAGGUGGCAAGAGUGCGGCCCAGUGACCCAAUAGAGUACUUGGCUCAUUGGCUUUACCACUAUAGGGAUGUGACCAACGCUAAAGAAAAGGAAAAGCAAGAAGAGCUACAGCUAAAAGAGGAGUAUGACAGCCUCCAGAAAGUGAAAAUGACCCAAAUGCAGAAACAAGAGGAAUAUCAGCCUCAACAGAAGUGUGAAAAGUGUCACCAGGAUCCGCUCCCUGAAGCACUUUCCUCAAACAAGACUCCAGCCCAGCAAAAAGACACUGCCCUUCUUGAGAAGGAGACCAGGAGGCAGGAAUCUCCACCAGGUGUCUCCGGGGUGGUUGCAGAAAUGCCUCAACGGGUUUUUACCUCUUGAGAAAAUGGCCUGCUGGAGGAGCUCUCACCUCAGCUAAGACUAAAGAGUCUGAGGAGGAGGCUGGCAUCUACAGAUGCUCUGGUCUGCUAACCAUGAAUACGUUAAUCAUGUGACACUGUAGAUUGGCUAUUGGAUAAAAAUGAACCCAGACCACAGAUUAAAUACAAUAAGGCAUCACACUGAUGAGACCCUCUCCUCCCACUACAGGGUGAAAGCUUGCUCCUCUCCUGUACUCUUCUUCGCUUUAGCUAUGCUCUGCAGUCAGGGCUCUUGGAAUUCUACAGGUGCCAUGGAGGUUGCCCAUGGCACUAAUAACAGGGGGUUUCUCUUCACUAUAUGUCAACACUUGUAAAAAAAUAUGUUUCCAUUUUUUAUUGUGAUAAAGCCCAUGACAUACAAUUCAUAGUUCAGUGACCUGGACACAUUCAUACCAUAUAGCUACCCAGACCAACAAACCUCCAAACUCUCCCUUUACCUUGUAGGAGUAAAACUCCGUCCCAUUAAAUAAUAACUCUAUUUUCUCUUCCCCCCAAACCCUAGAAACCAUCAUUCUACUUUGUCUGGGUUGUUUUGACUAUUCCAAGUAACUCAUAUAACUAGAAUCAUGUGUAUGUGCGGGCACGCACUCAUAAGUGAUUUAGCAUUGUGUAGUAAUCCUUAGUGUUCUAGUGACUAGGCUUUAGUGCUUUUAUUUGGCAUACUAUGUCCUCAGGGUUCACUCACCCUGUAACAUGGAUCAGAACUUCCUUCUUAAGGCUGAUCAGUUUUGUGCCCUCAUAUGGAAAGCAAAGACUGUAAGCAUUUCUGAACUUAAUCAUGCAGUAUGCUGGCUUGUGGAUAUGAGAAAUAGUUAAAAGGGAAACUAGAGGGGAUUCAUUUGGUGACAGGAUAAAAAGACUGGAAAUUUGGGUCAUCCAAGAUGGUUGCUAUGUUUUCUGUCUGGGUCCCAUGGCUAGGUGGAGGUAAUUUUUCCUUAAGUAUAGGACAGAAGAGUGUGGCAUGCUGAGUAUGUGGUACCUGUGAAAGGGAUGGGAACAUCACAAAAGAGAGCAGCCCUGAGAUACUGUCCCCACCCCAACCCCAAGAAAGGUCAAAGACUCCAGGCCAGCCCUGGCUUCUCUGUAAGAUGCCAGAGCAGGAAGAAGUACUGCUAUUUAUCUGAAGAGGCCUCCGCUCUCUCUCUCUCUCUCUCUCUCUCUCUCUCUCUCUCUCUCUCUCUCUCUCUCUCUCUCUCUCUCUCUCUUUCACACACACACACACUCACACACACACAGUCUCUCUUUCUCAUUCUCUUUCUCUAUCUCUCUCUCCUCCCCCUCUCAAUUUUAUUUAUAUAUAUAUAUAUAUUAUAAAUAUGCAUGCAUUUAUGUUUAGUGUGUGUACUUUUGUAUGUGUGUGAAUACAUGUGACAUGGGAACUUUCAGGAUUCAGCACUCUCCUUUCCCACAUGGGUUCUCAGGAUGGAAUUUGAGUCCACAGGUUGUCUUGGUACUUUUGCCCUACUAAACCAUCUCACAGAUCCAUUCUUAGAUAUGGUUAAGCCUAUAUUAAAAUGUCUGCUGGACAUAA